CUCAAUGUAGACUCCUGCUUAAUUGAUAAAAACUUUACCCUUAAACUUGGGGAAGUUGGGUUCGCGCAAAUCCGUCUUCAUCAUGCUCAUGACAUUCAACAGAAAGGAGAUCCGACAGCAAACGAAAAGACUGCGUCAAUACCUGGAGCGAAAGCAGACGUGCGGGACAUCGCUCACGUCAUGCUUAAGAUCAUCGUUCAAGACGACAACGUGGGAGAUUUUGCGAAUCCAGAGUCAGUAAACGAUCCCACGAGUCGGAAAGCGAGCGUCUUGACGGGUCCAUUUGCCGACCUUCUACCACUAUUAACACCUUGUCGGGGAGGUGACCCGUCCGAACUUCCAGAAUUCGAUCAACUGCGGAAAAAUGUUAAACUAAUUUUACGUCCAUACGCCAAAGCAUCAUCUUUAACAGAAAAAAUCCUUCGUCGCCUCGAAGCAUACACUGACGAAUUGGACAGCCAAGUAGCGCAGCGCACCAUUGACCUAGAAGAGGAGCGAAAACGCUGUGACAACUUGCUAUGGGCUAUGUUACCAAGUGGCGUUGUUAAUGACCUUCGAAGAGGUCAUACACCAGAUGCGGAGUAUUAUCUGUCCACAUCGAUCAUGUUUGUGGAGGUUACUGGGCUUGGUGCACUCAUGUGCCAGAUUGAACCCGAAGAAUCGAUGGCAUUCCUUAACGAAGUUUUCUGCAAGUUCGAUGGACUUCUUAACAAUCAUGACGUUUACAAAGUCGAGACCAUCAAAGAAUCGUAUCUGGUUGCCAGUGGUGUGCCAAGACGAAAUGAAAGUCGCCAUGUUUAUGAAGUGUGUGGUCUUGCUGUUUCUAUGAUGACCGCUUAUUUGAAGACCUUUGCGCUGCGUUUUGACGGAACGACAACACUGCGAGCUGGAAUACAUAGCGGAUCGGUUGCCGCCGGCGUGGUCGGGCGAAAAGCACCUCGCUACUGUUUGUUUGGUGACACCAUUAAUACAGCCAGUAGAAUGAUGAGCACCGGUGAGGAUGGUAAAAUCCACAUUAGUCACAACGCGGCGGACCAGCUGAAAAAUAAUUCUAAAUUUGUGAUCGAGCCGCGCGGGGUCAUCGAAGUCAAAGUGUAUUUCUAUUUCGGCGAUUCGUUGGAAUUUCGGAAAAUGAUGAUAAAGGCCUGGGAACUCAACAUGACUAACGGCGAACACGUGUUCAUUAUCCUGGCGACUUUAAGACCUACAAAUAAGCCGGCGUCAGGCUACCUCACCUGGGAAAACCACGAUCGGUUUGACAGUAUCGCUAAACUUGCGUACCGAUCGGUGCUCAUUAUGGAGCCAGAUGACUCGAUACUGUAUUUGCUCAACGAUUCGGCAGUUCAAAGGUGGAAAUUAUCCAAGGAAUCCAGUGGCCUGGCGUCUGGCCACCUCUCGACGAACCGAGAUGUGGAUUCCGAGGGGACGCUCCUGUUUGUAACCCACAGGGCGGAGAAUUUACCGAAAAAGCAAGAAGUGAGGGUGUACAUCAAAGAGCAACGCAUGACGUGCUGGUAUUUUGUCUCGGAAUACUGCACCCGUGGCUCCCUGCCGGAGUUGUUGAACAAGAUGGCUUUAGAUGCUGAUUUCCAAGCCAGUUUAAUGCUUGAUGCCCUGAAGGCAAAAUAUUUACUUAAGCGCUUUUAG